AUGCCCGCUUCCCCCCGGCCCAGUGACCCUGAAGACUCGGCUGGACAGAAGAGACAUGGCACGUCAGGCAAGAAGAUGGGCGCGACGGACAAACAAGCGGCCAUGGACGGCAAGGACUUUGCAAAGGCAAUCGGCAUCAACAAGCCCGCAAACGUGCGCGACAAGAUAAAGCGCUGGCAGCAAGACAUCGACCCCGACGCCCACGCCUCGAGUGCGCGAGACUCGAGUACAAAGAGCGCCAGUGCAAAGGAACCCGCUGCAAAAGAACCCGCUGCCAAAGACGCCACCAGUACAAUCGACUCGGCUCCAAAAGAGACUGCCGCCCCCGCCUCCGCUCCCGCCUCCGCCCCGGCUUCCGACACCAGCGCUGUCCGCACCUCGACCACGCCCAAGGCAAAGGCGCUUGACCGCAAGCCCAACUGGAAGCCCCACCAUGAGCGCGGCAAGUCGGUCGGCGCCAGCCCAGAGCGCCCCUCGACCGCAAAGAAGAUGCCCAUCCCCCACAACGAGCUCGACGAAGACGUCCUCACCGCAACAGCCCCCAAGAAGCGCGUCAUCAGCGACUCGCAUUGGCGCAGCAAGCAGGCUCCCCCCAAAGAGGCUGCCGGCCGACCCCAGCCAAAGACCAUCCCCAACGCCUGGGUCCGCCCCUCGAGAAUUAUCCCCAAGAAGCCCGCUAGUCCCGAACUCAAACCCAUUGCCCCUCCAGCCAUACAAUCCAAUCCUCUGCUGCCUUUUGCCGAGUACAUCGGACGAAGCACAGGCCAGAGGAGGCCUCCGCCAAAGCAACGCAGACCCUCGAAACCCUCCAGCUCAGGUAGCGAUCACCAACGGCCAACAAGCAGCGGCGCCGGCAGCGGCAAAGGUGCAAAGAGCGAUGGCGGCCCCGCCUCCACAUCUCCAAAGCCCGAAAAAGAAAAGACGGAGCUGGUAAAAAUGCGCCCGAGCAGACGGCGUGCGCGCACUUCACCACGUGGUUCCUUGUCUGCAGAGGACCUUGCCCGAUACCCAUUGAAACCAGCGCGGAGAUCGGAAACAGCGCUGAGCGAGGAUCCGAACAUGGCCGUCACGGUAGAGUACGAAGAAAGCGAUGUUACAUCCCUGGUGGAGAGUAAAAUCACAUCGCCCCGAAACGAGGAACUGCGAGAGCGACGGCGCCGGCGUCGCCCGAGAAGCCAGGGCGACCGCACAGCGGAUGAAGCCCUCAGAAGUCCCCAGAAGCCCUUGCGGAGGAAGAGUCGCAGGUCGUACCCACGCACCGAAGAGGAAGCUGCCACGCCAUUGACCAUACCAUCAGCCUCGGAGACGCCUCGCACCAAGCCCUUGGGAAGCCGCUUAGAAGCCUGGCUCAGCAGCACACCCGACACCUUUGGAGAAACAAAAUCCCGCAGCAGGCGUAGGAGAUCCAAGGAUUCCACUUCCAGCACAGAACUGCCCUCGAACCUUGGAACCUCGGAGCUGACUCUGUCGACCGAGGUGACUGAGGAAAUACCUGUCAAGAAGACACGCUCGCGACGCAGGAGGAGGUCCAGGGACUCCGCUUCUUCCACAGACUUGCCUGCCACAGCCGACAGAUCAGAGGUUACCACGCCCACGCGCACAACACAAGAUGAGCCCGCCAAGGAGUCCCGGCCGAGAAGGGCGUCCAAAGAGGCACUGCGGAGGAUAUCCAGGGACUCUGUAUCCUCACUCCAUCUGCCUGCUCAAAUCGCAAAGUCAGAGAUUAGUGUCUCGACUGAAAAGUCAAAGGACGAGCCUUACGACAAGCACCGCCGCCGUAGCAGUGGUAGUGGCAGUGGCAGCAAGCAACGACGUAGUAGACAUGCCAGCCGCGAAAUGACCAUCGACACUCAAAAUCUCGAUGACGCCCAGUCCACCGUCACUUCCGAAACCAUGACCGAGUCGCAUGUACAGGACAAAGAGAGCGAAGUGUCUGUCAGCACAACACCAAGUCUGAAGCGCCGCGGAGCAAGAAGACGCAGCCAAUACUCUCCUACCAAGGGUCGAUCGAUGUCGUCUCCCCUUCGCGAAGCCACGUCUAUUGACGACAUGCCCAAGGAAGAUGAUCCAGACCAGGACGCAGUCUCAAUUGCUCCUUCGUCUGUCGAUGCUUCGCUGCCCGAUCUCAUGCCACAGCCAUUGCGUCCACGCCACAUCUUAGGCCCGCGCAAGUUCCCUUCCAGCAGCAAGCGCCUUUCCACCAUUGCCUCUCAAUCGACGCGCUCAGAUGCAAUGACUGCUGCGUCCGAGGAAACCAGAACCCAUCCACCAGCACCUGCAUCAGAAGUCGGCUCGUUCUUUAACCCCGAAACGUCGACCAUCAUUAGCCGCCAGAGCACCCGCCGGAGGAAGCUUGCCAGACAUGAGGACCUCAUGUCGGUGCUCUCCAUGCCCAAAACAGCAGGCUCCAAGAGCAUCGUUUCAGCUCGCAGCAUCCGUACCAACAGAAGCCGCCUGGCCACUGCCACUAUUGAAGACAUUAUGAAGGAGCUCGCCUCCGACGAGGCAAAAUAUAUGCGCGAGCUUCGCACCCUUGUCGAUGGUGUCAUUCCUGUUCUUCUUAGCUGCGUCCUCUCCAAAUCCGAGUCCGCCAUUGCUGCCGGGCUAUUCUCUCGCUCCCCAAAGUCGGCAGACCCAAGUGAAAUUACAAAGCCCAUUGUCGACAUGGGCGUCUGCCUGGAGCAGCUCAAGAACCUGCACAAGCGCGUCCCCAAGGAAGACUCUGACGAGCUCAUCUCAUGGGCACAAAGCGCGCAGCGUGUCUACUCCGACUACAUCUCCGUCUGGCGUCUUGGCUUCCAAGACGUGGUAAUCAGCCUCGCACCAGCGGAUGAAGAUCCCUUCAAGCCUGCCAAGGUGGUGAAUGGACCAGAGGAUGGCGCGCCAUGGGAUGAGGGCAUGCCUCGGAAUGCAGAGGGCUACGUUGUCAACAGCGACGGUGAGCGUGUUGACGUUGCCUACAUGCUUAAGCGCCCCUUGGUGCGCCUCAAGUAUCUUUCAAAGACUUUGAAGGGUAUCAACCACGUCAAGCCAUCUGACCGCGUAGAGAAGGUCUCAAGUAUCUUCCAAGACUUGGUCGUCGCUGCCCGAAAGCGGUCCAACGACGAACAAGCCCGCCUCGAAGAUGAAGCAGCGGCCAACAUCGAUCCCACCCGUGCCCGUGAUCCUCGAAGCCUCGCCCCUCUUGCGGGCGUCCGAGUUGAUCCGACACGAUGUGUGCGAGCCAGAGACCACUUCGACUUGCACUUGUAUCAUUCGACUGGUCAAGAAAUCAGCUGUCGCGUCGAGAUUCUUCUCCGCGACAAUGCUCCAGGCCAGGGAGCUGGAGGCGACGUCCUCAUCUGUGAAGUGGAUUCUACCGCGCGAUGGCUACUUCUGCCGCCAGUCCACCUCAGCAACGCCUCGGCCCGAAAUGGCGAUGUCAAGGGCGAAAUUAUCGUCAUGAUCCGAGGAAAGCAGGCCGAUGGAUCCGAAUGGAGCGAAGUCAUGUCUCUGAUAUCUGAAGAUGAACAAACUGGUUUCGAAUGGGUACAAAUGCUCGGUCUUCACCCCAUUCCCCCGCAGAUAUCCGAAGUCAGGAAGAUUCAGGCCGCGACCAGCCAAACGCAGCGCACCUCAAGCGAACAUGACUCUUCUUCCCUUCACUCGGACGCAACAGGCUCCACGCAGCAAGAAAAGAGCCGGACUCCCAGCCCGCAUGAGAUUGAUAUUCCCAUUGGCGAACAACAUACCGAAGUAUCAAAGGUAUGGCACUACGACACGCCACAAAAGCGGAAUAAAUCCCGGACAGUGUCGCCCAUUACACCGCCGAGCGGUCAUGGCUCGAUUACGAGCAACCCAUAUGACGCCAAAGACGUCUCGCAGGCAGAGCCGCGUACCCCGAUCGAGCAGAUGUUCCAGCCCGGCCCGCUCCACAGCGAUGGUGACCGAACACCCCGUGGCCUCGAUGAAGCAGUCCGCAUGGCCAAUACUGGUUCUCCGUCAAGCCUCAAACGAACAAGAGCAAAGAGGCUUUCCAAAAACCCCGCAUCCCCGCACUCUGGUCGUCCAUCCCGCCAAAUCACUCUGGACGAUCCCAAUGAAGCUGAAGAUGCCAAGCCAGCUGAGGAACUCACCAAACCUCGCAGAAAAUCAACCAAGCGACGGCCCCAGUCGCUUCCAUCUGCGCCCUCAGCUGUGUCGUCAAGCAAGGGCUUCAGUGUCUGGAUGCCAACUUCUGAGAUUGACGACUCGGACUCGGACUCGUCUGAAUCAGACAAGCGCACCAUUGCAGACUCAGAGCUGUCUCCCCCUGGCUCUCCGCCUUCACCCCAACGUCCCAAUACGCAUAGGCGAGUUUCAUCCGUUCCUUCCCUAGAGUUGCCCAACAUUCCCAGGCAAAGGAAGUCGAGCCGACCUUCGACACCCUCACAAGACACGGUACAAGAGGAAAGUGUGCGCGAAAUAUCCUCGGCACCUCCCAAGAUGCAUGGGAAGAAACACAGCAUCAUCGUCGACGAUCCUGUAGAGCCCGAGGUCCAGACUGAUCAGCAGCAGCCGCCGCCGCCUACGCCACCACAUCGGUCGCCCAGUCCAGCGAGCCCUGAAACGCUAAAGGGUUCCAACACGCCAGUACUCUUGCCAACACUGCCCGGAUUCAAGACUAAGCGUCGUUCGUCUUCGCCCUUGAAGCACGAAUACGAACCAUCGACCUGCACGGAAGAGUCAACCGAGAGCGAAGAAGACUCGGAGUCCGAAGAGGGAGAAGAAGCAGGCGAAGAAGAAGAGGAGAUCCUGACAUCCGAGUCAUCAGAAGGUGAGCUAGAUGACGACGUACCCAUGCCACUGAUGCCACUGGGAUAUCUCGGACCACGUGGAUAUACCGGGCGCUCGCACACUACAGGACGAGAGGCCAGUCGCCCGACCACAGCUGAAAAGACUGAAGAGGAGCCCAAGAAGUUCACCAAGCCCUCGCCCCCAGCGUCCAUCUACACUCUUCCCAAUGGCACCAUUACUCCUUCCCAAUCGGCGUCAAACUCACCCUACCGAGCUGUUCCUCAAAGCUCUGGAAAGGUCUCCAGGACGAUAGCAUCCCUUUUCGCCUGGUCCGAGUCUGGGAAAUGGGACAGCCUGCACCCCGACGAAUGUAGCAUUGUCGUCACGCCAGGAAAGAUUGAGGUCUUUGAGAUCUCAGAAAACCACUCCAAACCUUUCCUCGCCGACGGCGACGAGAUCAUCACUCCCGAGGGAAGUGCUCCCCUUGUUGCGGUUGAGCUUACCCCUCUGGUGCCGUUGCGCAAGUCAACGGCCAUUGAUAUCUCCAUUCGCUCGCCACCUACUGCCGAGUCGCUCCUCAAACCUGGCAACAACAUCAUGUUGCGGAGUCGCAAUGCAGCCGAAUGCACGCAGUUGUACUCUAUGAUCAACCAGGCGCGCAUCAACAACCCCACCUACAUUGCACUACAAAACGCGCGCGGCCCCUAUGGACAAUCAAGCUGGGCCGAGGCUAUGGAUCGCCAGAACGCAGCCAGAGCAAGCACCGAUGCCUCUUCUGGAUGGAUCGGUGGCACGCUGGGUAGGAGAAGCAGCUACCGGAAAUCAAGCACACGCGCAGCUUCCAUUUCGGCCGCCACGGAAUCGUCUGUCGGGACCAUGAACAGUGCCCUUCGUUCGGCACUUAGUCGUUUCUCGUUUGGCAAGAACGGCAUGUUUAGUAUUCGCAACUCAACUCUCGGAUCACGCAGCACUGGGUCGUCCCUUGACAGCCCCUCAAACUCUCGACCAGGCUCAGGCGCCUCGACUCCCAACGGUGAUGUCGCACGAGCACCUGGCGCACCACCCGGCAUCACAAACACAAAGUGCAGGCUUUACGAGCGAGAGUCACUUAAGAAAUGGCGCGAUAUGGGCAGCGCAAGGCUAACAAUCAUGCUGCCCUCGCCCGACCCAAGCAUGCCGCCGUCACCCACAAACGCACUGCAACGCGCUCCCGGCACAAGAGAUUACAGACAAGAACGACGCAUCUUGCUUACCGGGAAGAAGCACGGCGAGGUCCUUCUUGACGUCCAACUGUCAGAAACAUGCUUUGAGCGUGUAGCCCGCAGCGGUAUAGCCGUCAGCGUAUGGGAAGACAAUGUUGAUGAAGCCGGUCAAAUUGGCGGCGUAAGCAAGACGGGUGGUGUCUUGGGCGCAAGAGCAAGAGUCUUCAUGAUACAGAUGAAGAGCGAGAGGGAGUGCGCAUACUGCUUCAGCCUUUUGGGCAAGCUGAGAUAUUAGGAAUACGAAUGGCAGUGCAGGGAAGUGUGUGUAUGAGAGAGCGAGAGGGCAGAGAGAGAAGAUGACGCCGUAACGCCCAUUUCACGGCAGCAAAAACGAUGACGAUAUCCCCCGCAGCAGCAGCAAUCAUGAAGCAACAUG